GUUUAGUCUAGCGAGGCUUGGCAUUUACUGGUCUGUAUAGAUAUGUGUACAGACCCUGGUCUGGGUAUAGUGUGUCUACUGCUGCUGCUGCAAGAUGAAGCUCUUCAUAUUAUCAACGCUGCUAAUUAUUGCAGCUGUCAAUGCCGCCCCUAAGCCGCUGGUGGCGUCGGAGGGUGGCGACAAGUGGGUGCCAGCUCCCAGGGAGCCCUUACUGGUGGUGAUGAAGAAGGUCGCCGCCACCACACUAAGAACACUCACAUUCACACCCAACACGGACUCCCGCCACAACCACCAGGAUAACACGGCCACGCUGACAGGUAGAGGUGAACACCACCACACGGACACGGGGCAGCAACACCACCAACUGAAUGGUCAAGAUAAGGAGAUGGCGGAACUAAAGAGUCAAGAUAAGGAGAUGGCGGAACUAAAGAGUCAAGAUAAGGAGAUGGCGGAACUAAAGAGUCAAGAUAAGGAGAUGGCGGAACUAAAGAGUCAAGAUAAGGAGAUGGCGGAACUAAAGAGUCAAGAUAAGGAGAUGGCGGAACUAAAGAGUCAAGAUCAGAAAGAUGAACAAAACAGGGAAAAACGCCAAGAAGAAGAAAUGAAGGGUCAGGAAGAGGAAGAGGAGGAACACAAGGGUCAAGAAGAGGAAGAGGAGGAACACAAGGGUCAGGAACAGGUGGAGGAAGACCAGAAUAAUAAAAGUCAGGGAGAGAAGGAACAGGAGGAACAGGUGAAGCAGGAUGAAAAACAAGAAAAAAAACAGAAAAGGGAGAAUGAUGACGACGACGACGAAGACGACGAUGAUGAGGAAGAUGACGAUGAUGAUGACGAUGAUGAGGAAGAUGACGAUGACGAUGAUGACGACGAUGAUGACGACGACGACGACGAUGAUGACGACGACGACGAUGAUGACGACGACGAUGACGACGAUGAGGAAGAUGAGAGUGACACAAUAUCAGGCUCUAACUCUGGUGGCGACUCGGAGGACUCCAGCAGUGUCGCUUCUCAUCAACCCCAGGAGGACCACCUUCACGUCCAAGAGGACUUGGGACACCUACACGUCCAAGAGGGCGUGGAUCUCAACACAGGCAGACCCAGCAGGGGCUCUCAACACAAGGUGGAGAACAACACGAGUAAUAAGCAUCCAGAAAAAAGUGAGAAGCUGACGAAAUUGCCUGAGGCUGGAACUCGAGGACGUAUUCAACAAUUUGAAAAAAAGGCUGACACACUAGGAACUGUCCAUCAUAUCCUGCAAGCAGAGAAGGCUGACACCCCAGUUGUUCACCAUAUCCUACAAGCAGAGAAGGCUGACACCCCAGUUGUUCACCAUAUCCUACAAGCAGAGAAGGCUGACACCCCAGUUGUUCACCAUAUCCUACAAGCAGAGAAGGCUGACACCCCAGUUGUUCACCGUAUCCUACAAGCAGAGAAGGCUGACACCCCAGUUGUUCACCAUAUCCUACAAGCAGAGAAGGCUGACACCCCAGUUGUUCACCAUAUUCUACAAGCAGAGAAGGCUGACACCCCAGUUGUUCACCAUAUCCUACAAGCAGAGAAGGCUGACACCCCAGUUGUUCACCAUAUCCUACAAGCAGAGAAGGCUGACACCCCAGUUGUUCACCAUAUCCUGGAGACAGAGAAGGCUGACACCCCAGUUGUUCACCAGGUCCUGCAAGCAGAGAAGGCUGACACCCCAGUUGUUCACCAUAUCCUACAAGCAGAGAAGGCUGACACCCCAGUUGUUCACCAUAUCCUACAAGCAGAGAAGGCUGACACCCCAGUUGUUCACCAUAUCCUACAAGCAGAGAAGGCUGACACCCCAGUUGUUCACCAUAUCCUACAAGCAGAGAAGGCUGACACCCCAGUUGUUCACCAUAUCCUACAAGCAGAGAAGGCUGACACCCCAGUUGUUCACCAUAUCCUACAAGCAGAGAAGGCUGACACCCCAGUUGUUCACCAUAUCCUGCAAGCAGAGAAGGCUGACACCCCAGUUGUUCACCAUAUCCUACAAGCAGAGAAGGCUGACACCCCAGUUGUUCACCAUAUCCUGCAAGCAGAGAAGGCUGACACCCCAGUUGUUCACCAGGUCCUGCAAGCAGAGAAGGCUGACACCCCAGUUGUUCAACAUAUCCUGGAGGCAGAGAAGGCUGACACUCUGUGAAGUAACGCCUCCAGGUAUCCCUCAAGUGUAGAACAGGACUGACAGUCAGAAGGAACUCAUCCUAAUAUCCCGUAAUAGAAGAACUAGUGGCCGACAAAUCAGGUGAUGGCCGAGGACAAUAACUGGACCCUUCACUGUGAUGAAACAGCCUGUUGUUAUCCAGUCACCCUAGAUAUUGACCUGGUGUUGCCAGGCCAAUAUCUAGGGUGACUGGAUAACGAUAGGCUGUUAUAGAUUAUAACAAUAACGUCUAUUGCCAUAUCAAAGUACGCUGAGGAAAAUUAACUUACAUCAUCUGUGAUUAUUAGUCGAACGGUUAAGGAUGAAUGGAAACAAUUGUUAAAAGUUAACAGCAAGUGUACUCAGUGAGAUACACUUGCAAUGAAACAAUCAUUAAAUGAGCAAUAACAAUGAUUAAAGUGCCAUUAAAUUAAUAAUGUUCCGGUCAGGAGGAAGGUGGCAAUAGACACCAUUAAAGUUAAUAUCCAGCACUAACUUUAAUUAAGACAAUCACAGGUAAAUAUUCACUGCCAACCAAUAUCUUAUAAAUAAGAAAUCUCUACUUAA